GCCCCGGCCGCGGCCCCGCCACACGCCUCCCGGAGCGCCGCCGGCGCGCAGCGCGGCCCCGAGCGCAGGAAACUACAAGAGAAGAAGUUGAAUGUUUGUUUCAGCUGAAGAGGAUCUUUCCCUAGUGGGAAAAGGUGCAAAAGAGAAGCGGGAAUGUUGCCGGGAGGUGUGUACCUGACAGGAAGCUGUGACUAGCACUGUGAUUGCCAACAGGAGGCAAAACAUCCCAGCCAAUGUGAGUCUGCCCCACAGUGCCCUUGGGUGUCUGCUGCCUGCUGGACUCUGGGCUGGGGAGCACUGGAUGUCUGCCUGAGAGAUUCUUCUGUUCAUUUGCCUGCUGGCGUUUGGGUGACUCUGCCUCUGGUUGAUCCGCGUGGCUGGGGUUGGCACUCCCUGGUUCCUUCCCUGGGCACUUGCUGCUGUGAGGGCCUUGGGCAGCCAUGGGGGGAGGCUGGUGCGUGUGAGCAGUCCCUGCCCCCCGGCAGCCGUGGGCCCCGCGCCCCUCGCAGCUCCCGGCGUCGUGGUGCCUCAGUGCUCCGCAGAUAUGAACGCUGAGCUUUUCCGGCACGUUCCCACGUUGGCCUGGUCGUUCUCACCAUGCUAGUGAAGGAAGACUUCUACUCAGACGUAGCUUACAUCAUCCUGGAGCUGGUCAUCGCGGUGCUGGCCAUCCUGGGGAACAUCCUGGUCUGCUGGGCGGUCUAUUUGAACAGCAACCUGCAGAACGUCACCAACUAUUUUGUGGUGUCCCUGGCCGCAGCCGACAUCGCCGUGGGUGUGCUGGCCAUCCCCUUUGCCAUCACCAUCAGCACUGGCUUCUGUGCCUUCUUCUAUGGCUGCCUUUUCAUUGCCUGCUUCGUCCUGGUCCUGACUCAGAGUUCCAUCUUCAGCCUCCUGGCCAUCGCCAUCGACAGAAUCAUUGCGAUCCGCAUACCCCUCAGGUACAAUGGCUUGGUGACCGGCUCUCGAGCCAAAGGGAUCAUUGCCAUCUGCUGGGUCUUGUCCUUCAUCAUCGGCCUGACGCCCAUGCUGGGCUGGAACAGGCGUGCUGAGAUCGAAGAGCUGGGCUCCAAUAAGUCCUCUCCCAUCAACUGCAGCAACAGUAUGGUGGUGUGUCUCUUUGAGGCUGUGGUCACCAUGGAGUACAUGGUCUACUACAACUUCUUUGCCUGUGUGCUCUUGCCCCUUCUCCUCAUGUUUGGUAUCUACUUGAAAAUCUUCAUGGCGGCGCGGCGGCAGCUCAAGCAGAUGGAGAACAAGAUGCUACACGGGGAACGUUCUCGCUCCACGUUGCAGAAGGAAGUCCACGCUGCUAAGUCUCUGGCCAUCAUUGUAGGGCUCUUUGCAGUCUGCUGGCUUCCACUACACAUUAUUAACUGCUUUACCCUCUUCUGCCCAAAUUGUGCCCACGCUCCCCUGUGGCUGAUGUAUCUGGCUAUUAUCCUGUCUCACGCCAACUCGGUUGUCAAUCCCCUGAUCUACGCGUACCGCAUCCGCGAGUUCCGGCACACCUUCCGCAGGAUCAUCAGCCAGCACAUCCUGGGCCGCAAGGAGCCGUUCAAGGGCAGCUGCAGGACUUCCACGCACGGCGGGGACGCCGAGCACGCCAGCGUGCGCCUCAGCCAGUACGGCCUGGAGCUGUACACCAACGGCGAGAUCCACAGGGAUCCCGAGAAACAGGACUUGAACAAGUGCAAAGCCAGCUUGGAAUGGCACCAGAAUGGAAACGCUCUGGAGGCGGAGACAAACGGGCACCUGCCACACUCCUGCAAAAACGGGGCUCUCUCAGACGCGUGCAUGAACAGGGAGCUUCACGGUGAAGAGCUCAGCGACGCCGAGGUGUCUUUCUCAGAUCUAGAAAGAACGGCCUUUGCAGCAGCUGAUGUUUCCUGAUGAGGCUUUCAGAGUCUUCCUGGUAGAAUGGUUAUUUUUUUGUUCCAU